CCCACACAAAAUCGCAGCAAGCACCAGGUUUCUGCCCCGCCCAGCGCCGCAAUUCCCCGCCGCGCACCACGUGAGACCGAGCCCCGCCCCAGAGCCCCGCCCCGAUUUCACCGCCCAACGUCUCGUGACUCAGCAAGGGCGCCUUGGGGGCUUCGCCGCUCCCGACACCACCCUCGGUUUAGGUUCUGGGCCGCCGCGGAGCUCCUGGCCUUUGGUGCGCCCACGGCGCUGUCUGCCUCACCGAGACGCGCGUCCCGUGGUGGAAGGGAUGCAGGAUUCUGGAGCGGCAGUGACUACGGCAGGGGAGGCCGAACUGAACUUGUCCCGCCUCAGCGUAUCCCCCGAGACGCUGGAGUCGGAGCUGGAGUCUAGGGGCGAACAGCGGCGCGGCGCGCGGGAGGCGCUACUGCGGCUGCUGCUGCCGUACAACCGUCUAGUAUCGCUGCCGCGGGCUCUGGGUAGGGGCUUCUCGCAUCUCCAGCUGCUGGAUGUGAGCGGCAACGCGUUGACCGCGUUGGGGCCAGAGCUGCUCGCUUUGCACGGCCUACGCACGCUGCUGGCUAAGAACAACCGGCUCGGUGGGCCCGGCGCGCUUCCCAAGGGUCUGGCCCAGUCGCCUCUCUCUCGCAGCCUUCAAGUGCUCAACCUCAGCGGGAACUGCUUUCAAGUGGUGCCCCCGUCGGUGCUGGAGCUGCGUGCACUGCAGACCCUCAGCCUGGGCGGCAACCAGCUUCAGGCCAUCCCGGCUGAGAUCGAGAACUUGCGGAGUUUAGAGUGUUUAUAUCUUGGAGGAAACUUCAUCAAAGAAAUCCCACCAGAAUUAGCAAAUCUGCCUUCUCUGACUUACUUGGUAUUAUGUGACAACAAAAUCCAAAGCGUGCCUCCUCAGCUUUCACAGUUGCAUUCACUUCGUUCCCUCAGUCUUCACAAUAACUUGGUGACAUACCUGCCUCGAGAGAUCCUCAACCUUAUUCAUUUGGAAGAAUUGAGUUUGCGAGGAAAUCCACUGGUUGUUCGUUUUGUUAGAGAUUUAACCUAUGACCCUCCAACUCUCCUGGAAUUAGCUGCGCGGACCAUUAAAAUUCGAAAUAUUUCCUACACUCCCUGUGAUCUUCCUAGGAAUCUUCUUAGAUACUUGAGUUUAGCCAGCAAUUGCCCAAACCCAAAGUGUGGAGGGGUCUACUUUGACUGCUGUGUCAGACAAAUAAAAUUUGUGGACUUCUGUGGGAAGUACCGCCUCCCCUUGAUGCACUAUUUGUGUUCGCCAGCAUGCUCUUCCCCUUGCAGCUCCACCUCUCACAGCUCCACAUCCCAGAGCGACUCUGACUCGGAGGAUGAAGCUGGUGUUGCUGCUCACAGAAUGCAGAAAGUUCUUCUUGGUUGAAAGGAGUGUGGGGUGAUGUGAAACACUAAAAGACUGAGAGAAGGUAGUUAGAAAAGAAAAUAGACUUCGAAGUUAAAGAAACAUUAUUAUCAUUUUGAAUGUUCAUGAAAGAAUCGGAGAUGAUGUAAAAGACUAUCUACCCAAUUGGCAGGAAUAAGACCAGUUCCAUUUUAGGAUUCUUUGAAUAUAAUUCAACUCUGAAGGCAGUUUCAGAUUUGGCUGAUUAUUCACUCACAGCAGACGAGAACCUCACAGCAGACAAGAACCUCCUGAAGAGCAGUGCUGUGAUAAACCAUGAGUGUUGUAACUUGUGACAGUUGCAAUGAAGAAAGAAAUGAUCAAAUCUGUGAUUAUUACCAAAGUUGUCCUUGGGCAUAGGUUGAACACUACACAGUAAUGGGAUUAACCCUCCUUUUAAGUAUUGCUCAUACAUCUAGAUUACAGAGCUAUUCAGAUAAGCUCACAGACCUAAACCUUUCUGACCUACUAACUGGUAAAAUAGGGGAUAUAACUUUGUGUGAUUUUAAAACUCUUCAGUUCUGCUCCUUUAUUUUAUGAUUGCUGUUACUCUUAGGUAAUCCAGCAAUGACUGCUAUAGUGCCUUAAAUCCUAGCUAGGAUUUAAAAGUUUAUUCAAGAAAUGAUGCCAGAACAGCCUGCCAUAUUAUGCAGAACACUUUGAAAUAUGCUUCAACAGAACUAGGUAAACAGCUGUAUAUCUGACAUCUGAGGUCAUGGCCACCUUAACUUCAUUUUUUGCUUAAACAUGAAGUAAUUGCCUAGCAAAUCACUGUUACACUUAGUGGGAGACCAUAGUCCUGGUCAGUCUGUUGAUUGUAAGAGAAUAAUAGUUUUUGAUUAAAAAAUUGGUCAGAUUUCUUUUCAUAGGAAAGAGAUAUUAGCUAGGAAAGCUUCUUUAUAUCUUACAUUAAAGGAGUGGGAAAGUGACUUAAAAAUUUUAAUAGAUAUGGCUCCAUUGUCUAUGUGUAUUGAAACACUAGAAAAACAUUACAACAAACCAAGUAAAAUUUGGGGCAGCAGUCAUUAUGUUUGUACACAGUAGAACAAUUUUCUAAACCAGUUUAACCAUGGAAUAUUCUUUGAAAAUUAUUGAUGACACACAAAAAAUUAUUAAUCCUUCAAGUAUAGCAGAAAAAUGGUUUCACAGAUGACUUGCUAUUAGAAAUUACAUUGUUAUUAAUUUAAUAUGCAAUAAAAAUUAAAUGGUCUAAUUACAAGUUGAUAUUAAAAAAUAAAAUACACAGAACAUACUAACAAUCCUUAGAUCAUUAACCUAUAAUAACAUGAUGGUUUGUUGGUAAAUGUUACCUAUAUAGCAAUAAGCAGGUCAGAGGUACAUUAGAACAGGAAAUGAUCUCCAUUCUCAGUUGUUGGCAUUCAUAAAUGGGCACAUUUCUCCAAAGCAGAUUGUUUUACAAUAAUAUGUGUAUUAGGUUUAUGUCAUAUAUAUUAUUUUUUAUCUUAGAAGAAAAUACACUGUAGGAUAGUUCAGGGUUCGUUUGUUUAUUAUAUGUUAAUUCAUGAAACACGAGAGUUUCAUGACUGCAGUUGUGAAACGCUGCUAUAGAGUAAAUCCCUUCCCCUUGUUCCAACGUAGUAAGAUUCUUUCUUCCUUUUCAGAAAUUUUCUAUGUGUAUAGAAUUAAUCUAGUGUAUUUCUACUGCCUAGCAAAGUAGUACAUGGGCGAUUGUAUCUUACAGUGGAGGUAAUAGAAAGUCUUUGUUUACUUCUCCAUCUGAGCCACAGCAACCUACAUAUUACAAACCUAGGACAGGUAAAGUUGACUUAGGUAGUGUCUAAGUGGAAAGCUCAGAAUGUUUCAUUAGUGACUUAAAUACACAAAAUAUUUUUAUAGAAAAUAAAUAAUGUAGUCAUAGUAAAAUAUUAGGAGCAAAUUUUUCUGGUUUAAAUGCCUCAGUUUACUUUCAAAUUCAUUACCAGCUUGACCUAACAGCUUGGGUAACCUGAGAGUUAGUCUCUCUAAAAUAAAUGGGUUGGUAUAUAAAUAAGGUAUUUGACCUUACAUGCCUUUUUCUAGCUUCUCACAAAAAAAGAUACGCUGUUUGAGCUUUUACAGAUAUAAGUAGGUCUAACCAGAAACUGUCUACCUUUGCUCUAUGAUGUAGAUAUAAACCAUAGUAUAAAACAAAAUAUCUUUCCAAAAAUGUUUCCUAUGGUUCUCUAUAUGUGCAUUUGAAGACCUAAGAUCAGUGUUCAGCUGUCUUUGGUGACUUACUGAAAUCUACAGUAUAGCUAUUAGUUUUAUCUUUCUUUUUUUUUAAAUCUUUGGCAAGAGCUUUUUACCUUUUACAAGAGCUGCUAGUAAUUUCUAAGAUUUUCCUUGUUUUUCCCUCCCCCACCUUUCCUUUUUUCAUAACUGGUGACUGCAGAAAUUAAACCAGAAGGUGGAAACCAGAUAUUUAGCGCCCGAAUCAUAUAGCUGACUAUAUAUAUAAAAUGAUAGGUCGUAUCUCUUUAGUUAAGUUACAUAUUUGUGUUUAAGCUAUACUUAAGCUUUCUGUAGUUUUUGAGAUGUAUAGAAUCUACUAAUUUUCAAAAUGAAAUAAGUGUUUUGUUUUUUUUUUAUCUUGGGCAAUUUUAGUGACCAAAAUUUAUGUGUAUAAAACUACUAAACCAAAGCAUUACUGUGUUUGGAAUGAAAUUAUUCAGUGCUAAUAUUUAAGACUGAAAUAUGUUGCACAUUCUUAGCAAUUCUUAUUCCUAAAAUCCAGUUCUCAGUGUCACCAAACUGGUUGUGAAAUAGUCCUAGGAUUUCAGGAUAUAGGAAGAUUAGCUAAUACAAAAUUUUCCUUUCAUGGCACCAGAAAAUGGCUGACCUAAUGAGUUCUCAGUAUUCCCUGUAUUUUGAGUAGAAGAGGUAGCUCUGAGGGUUACUAUUCAUAUUUUAUUUCUCCAGAAUUAUCUCUCAUUCUAAAAUUCUUGAUACUUGGAACUUUAAGUUACAAAAUUUAAAAUAAAAGACUUGCAUUGUAAAUUGUGCCUCAAAUUUGAGAAAUUUUUGUAUUGAUGUAAAUAAAAGUUAAAGGCAAUUCACACUAGUGCAGUGUGGCACACAGUUCUACCAAACAUUGUGAAUAUCAGUUUUAAACGAAAGAAGAGACGGAAAGGGGUCACUGCUGGAGUGGGAGAUGAAAGCAGUCUUUAAAAGCAACAAAUGGAAGGCAAGUAGAAGUCACCAGGCAUAUCCCUGAGCAAAGAAAUUUCUUUAAUAGUGAAUUGUUUUAAAAUUAAGUGGCCACUGACUACCAUCUGAAAGCCUUUCUCAUUAAUUUCUUUUGUUUCUGCUAUUAGGAUAUUGUCCACAACCCUCCAUAAUGAAGGGCCAGCAAAUAAUAGGAUUUUCUUAUAACCAACCUUGCUCUUUCCAAAGGGAGAAAGUAAUACCUUAUUAACCUGGAAUUUAUGGUACAGUCUUGAUUAAUGUUUACCUGUUCACUAUGUAAAAAAAGAAAAAACCUAUAAUUCCUGCAAAUAAAUUUUAAGGCAUUUUAUAUAAAAGUUAUUCUAAAUAAGGGACCAUUUGUAGGCAACAUUAUAUUGUAUAUAAAAUUAUGCUGCAUUUAUUUAGAAAUAUCUUAUUUUUAACUAAAAGAUGUACUUAUCCAAAAUAGAGAUUUUAUUACAGUAGUAUAAUAGUCCAAAAUAGUGAGCCGGGCAUUUAACAACAGUAAAAGCUAUUGUAUAGGUGUUCGGGCAGCAUGAUCUGCAAUACAUAGUUCUGAUUUCUUUUAUAUAGAAGAGAAGUACUUGACCUUCACUGUAUCUAUUUUAAGCACUAUACUCUGUAAUAUUAAUGUGAUGAAUUUAAUAGCAUCCAAUUUUAUAUUUUCAUUAUAGUCAUGGUUAUUUUAAAGGUAGCAUUGUUUUCAUUUGUGCUCAGAAAAGUAUGUGCCUUAUUUAAAUCCUCCACUCUAUACCCAAAGUUGGAGGAACUCUGUCAUUUAAUAAGUUCUUUGUGACAGUUUUGUCACCCUUUGCAUUUGACUUGAGGGAGAAAACCUGAUUCUAAGGGAUUUCUUUCACUAAAAUGGGGCCUAAUAUCUGAGUCUAGGGCUUCUGGAAAGGGAAUCCUAAUGAGGCAUACUCUCAGAAAGUCAAAGCCAUAAGGAUAAAGUACCCUGAAAUAAAACCAGUGAAAAGGUAUGUUGUCUUUGAUAUUAUUUUAUAAGGAAAAUUUAUGUGCUUCCAUUAAGGGGUGAUAGCAGUUCCUAACCAGCUUCAUAAUAACAACAUCAUAUAAAGAUAUUGGCAUGAGCCUAGCAUAUUUUUUGAGUGGCUCCUCUAUGAUAUUAGGUUGAGGGGAUAUGUUUUAAUACUUUUACAUGUAAAUGUCUACAUUCUUUUUCUCUCUCCUUGGUCCACAUUUACCAAGAAGGAUGUAGAGCAGGGGUGUCAUUUUCACUGGGGGCCACAUCAGCCUCACAGUUGCCUUCACAGGGCCAAAUGUAAUUUUAGGACUGUAUAAAUGUAACUACUUAACAGUUAAGCAAGAGCUUGGUGCUGCCACCAAGUAGAAACCAGGUGCCUGGCCAUAUAAAACAAUGUGUAGGGCCAGAUUUGGCCUGUGGGCCUUGUGUUUGCCACCUGUGAUAUAGAGAAUGACAAUUCACUAACAACAGACAUUAUACAUUAUUGGACAUUUACAGGGUAGUAUUGAUUUGGGUGCUACUAGACUUACCUAGAAUUGUUCUGUCUCAGUUUAUCACAAGAGACAGUAUUCAAUUUUGUAAAUAUUAAUAUUAAAAUUAUUUACUCUAAUGAGGGUUUUUAUUUGUUUGUUUUUUUGUUAAUACCAUCAUACCAGAAAGCCAUGGUUCCUGAAGAGACUAUCUGAAUUUAGCAGAAUUUAUUUCUUCCUUUGGCUGUGAACAAAUUGGAUAAAAUUGUUUUAUACUAAUUCCCGUCAGGAGAAGAAACUAGAAUAAAAUUGACCUUUCUAUUGCUAGUACUACAAAAACAUUACUAAAUUGGUCAAUACUUCUGUCUGCUACUGAUGUUUUAAGAGAAUCCUUUCACUAACAUAAAUGGUUGACAUUGUAUUAUUAUUGGUAAGGAAUAUUAAACUCAGUGAUCACUUUACAACAAUAAUAGAGAGACCAGUGUGCCUAUAAGUGGUGUUUAUUGUAUUUCUGAAUUCUGUAUUCAUGAGAAACAAAAACAUAAUGGGAGGAAUAUUUUAAAUCAUCAGUAUUAACUUUUUAUAAAGUUUGGGACUUUAAAGUAUCAACAAAAGAUGUUGGAAAUAUGUGUGCUUUAAUCAAAUUGCAUUUAAUCUGAUUUUUAAAUUUUCCAUAUUUGAAUCUUGUGAAUUAGAAGUAUCUAUAUAGGUAUAUAUACAUUUAAAAAUAGUAAUGAUAAAUUAAUUCAGCAAUGAUUAAAUAAUUAAAUUUUAGUACAAGAUACAGUUUAUUGCAUCAAAUUUUGUAUUACCUUGUAAUGGUAAAUGUUCUAAAAAGAAUAUUUAAGCCACUUCAAUUCUAUACAUAUCACCUUUAUUCUCCUAGGACACAUGAAAGAAUGUGCUAUUACAUUAACUAGCCCUCUGUGUGCAUUUUGCCAUAUCAAACACUGUGCCAUAUUGUAUUAAAAGUGUCUUACUGGAAUUUGACUCUGUACUCUGGAAAAGUAAUCAUAUUUUAGUUUUAAUUGAUGAACAUUUAUGUUUUUAUAAACUAAAAUCCUUAUAAUGUUG